ACGUAUUGUGGUGGAAGGAAAAAUAAAAUAAAUUAAAUAAAUUAAAAGAAAUGAUAAAAAAGCAAAACUCGUAAAUAGUGGUUUUGUUGGUGUGAAACGAAUUAAAUAAAUUAUUUAGUAUAAACAAAACAACAGUUUAAAUUGAAGAGAAGAUAAAUACAAAACCAGCAACGUGUGUUUUUAAAGUAAAUGUCAAUUAUAACGCUGGUUAGUGUUUUGUUUUAGUAAUUUGGCAAAUGUUUAAUAUUUACAUUUAGUUAUUAACAAAUUACAUUGACACAAGGUGAUUUAAAUGGAUAUCAAAAAGCUUUGUUAAUUUUAAUUCAAAUAAACAUUGAAUUUUUGAUUAAUUUUAAAAGAGACGUCUAGAAACUUCUUUAAGGGAGGCUGAUACUUGAAGUGAUUCAAAGACCUAGACAAUCUAAUAGAAACAAAGGAAGAUUACAGUGCCACACUACAAACCAAGCAGCCAACAACACCAGCAACGAUAACAAUUAAUGCAACAACUAUAAGCAAUAAUUAAAUAAAUCAUUUAAAAAAAAUCAACGUCACUAAAAUUCAAAUGUGUGACAAAAAAAAUCUUAUCAAUUUGAAAAGUUUUUUUCUCAAUGAAGGCAAUAAUUUGUGAACAAAAAUACAAUAACAACAAUAACAAUUAUAUUUUUUAAUAAUUGUAUAUAAUGGGUUUUUUGUUAAACAAUUACUGCAUUCAUAAUUAAAACAAAAAGAUUAAAAUUGUAUACAAAGUAAAGAAAAAUACUCAAACCCCUUUAAAAAACAAAAUUUAUGAACCAAAACAAAAUCUCAAAUAAAAUAAUCAAAUUAAAAAAACAAACGAUUGCCAUUCGCGAAAAAUAUUAUUCAAAGUAAAUAAUAGUAAAACAAAAAAAAUUAUUAUCUGCGAUAUACAAAAAUAAAGUGUUUAAACUUAUUUCUGCUCAUAUUGUAUGUACAACACACACUUCGGAAAAGUUAAAAAGGCAAGCAGCAUAUAACAACUUCAACACAGUCCAGUCUAAGUGGGUCAACAGCUUGGACGCGCUCCAUCGAAUAUAGAGAAGAGACUUGCAAUUUGAACAAAAUAAUAAAUUUUAACAGAAAAUUAUACAAAAAAAAAUAGUUAAAAGAAGUAAAAAAACUAAAACUUGAACAAGUGUUGUGUAUUAACUAGUAUUAGGUUUUGUUGCAAAAAAUUACAAGAAAUAAUUAAAUAAAAAAAUAAAUAAAUAAAAAAAAAUAUUAUUACAUCAAGUUGCCUCAUAGAGUUUACACAAUAUUGCAACAGCAAUAAAUAAAGCCAGAUAGACAAUUUAAAACCUGUGUGAUUGCAAAAUAUUUACAAAUUCAAAGACAGCUAGAAAUAAUUAACAAAAUGUUUUUAAGAAGUCGUGUAAAAUGCAAAAAUCUGUGGCAUUUUAUGUUUCUGACUCUGGUGUUACAAUAUUUUGGCGCUCAGUUAAAAAUGGCGGAAGCAUUUAAAGUAACGGCCAAAUUGAUCUCAAACUACAAUUAUCCAGUGGAGGAGCACAUGGUCCAUACCCCCGAUGAUUAUAUAUUAACCAUCUACCGUAUACCCGAUUCGCCCAAAUUGAAAUUCCACAACAACACCGGCGACAAACCGGUAGUAUUCCUGCAACAUGGUAUUUUGUGUGCCUCCGAUGAUUGGAUUAUUAAUGGACCGGAAACCUCGCUGGCCUACAUGUUCGCCGACAUGGGCUAUGAUGUAUGGCUAGGCAAUGCCCGUGGUAAUACUUAUUCCCGCCAGCACAAACAUAUACAUCCGGAUUCUUCGGAUUUUUGGAAUUUCAGUUGGCAUGAAAUUGGUGUUUACGAUUUGGCCGCCAUGCUGGAUUAUGUUUUAGAGGAAACCGAACAGCAGUCGUUGCAUUUUGUGGCCCAUUCCCAGGGCACUACGACAUUUUUCGUGUUAAUGUCUUCUUUGCCCUGGUACAAUGAGAAGGUGCGCACAGUGCACUUAUUGGCACCCAUUGCUUUCAUGAGAAAUCAUUCGUUUAUGUUGUCGAAAGUGGGUGGCAUCUUUUUGGGUUAUCCCUCGUUUAUGAGCAUGAUUUUGGGCGGUUUGGAGCUGUUGCCCACCAGCAGUAUACAAAAAGUGUUUUGCGAAUAUGUGUGUUCGCCCGAAUCGCAUUUUAGAUUUUUGUGUUCAGGCAUAUUGGAUUUUAUAGGCGGCUGGGGUACUAGGCAUUUUAAUCAUACUCUAUUGCCUCAUGUUUGCGAAACUCAUCCCGCCGGCGCUUCCACCACACAAAUUAUACACUAUUUACAGUUAUACACCUCCGGUGAUUUCAAACAAUUUGAUCAUGGCAUUGAUCUAAAUCUCAAGAAGUACAACCAGGAGACACCACCACACUAUGAGGUGGGCAACAUUAAAAGUUGCGUCAACAUGUAUUACAGCAACAACGACUAUAUGUCUGCUGUGGCAGAUGUAGAAUACUUGGCCACUUUAUUACCCUGUGUCAAACUCUAUCGCAUGCCUUAUGAUGAUUGGAAUCAUUAUGAUUUCCUGUGGUCUGUCAAUGUCAAAGAAAUAAUCAAUGAUAGGAUCAUAGAAAAGAUCGAGGCUUAUGAGAAAAAUCACAAUCAUUUGCAAAUUUUAUAGUUUUUCUGUAAAAUACUCAAAAAGUUUGUAAAAUUAAGGUGAUAAUAAGGAGGAAAAAGUGUAAAUACACUUUUUUUUGUAGCUAAAUUAUAUUAGUUUUUGUAUUUAAGACUUUUUUUUUAAUGUAAAACGAACAGAAUUAUUAACGACAACAAAGAACAAAGUGAUACUAUUUAAUAGGACUUAAUUAACGAUUAAGAUUAAUAGUUUCUAACAUAAAAAAACGCUUUUUAUACCUUUAGUAUUAAGAAACCCAACACACAAAUUAUUAAAAUAGAAAAAAAAACAUUAAUGCAAUUAAUGUAAAAAAAGUGUAAAUAAUGUAAAAAAUAAAGUUAGGUUAAGGUUUUGUAUAAAAAGAAAGAAAAAAUAAAAAAAAUUGUAAAAGAAAAAUUUAAAUAAAACAAUGUUUUCUUAAUAAAUAAUAUGAAAUUUAAA